AUGGCUACCACCACCUUGCCCGGCGAGCUCGUCGACGCCAAACACGCUAAUCUAAAGCUCGGACCUGGCCUGCUCGUACUCUCAGACCAGACUGGUACAUCUAAUAUCAUCUCCACACGCGCCGGGGCGCUGAAUCACUCGGCGAAUGGAAGCAAGUGGUGGGUCGAGAGUAAUUCUCGUCGGUAUGUCCCUGCGCCUCAGGAAUAUGUCGUCGGAACGGUAAUAGCGAAGGCGGGUGAAGGAUGGCGGAUAGAUAUCGGUGGUGCGCAUAUGGCGAGUCUGGACGGGUACGCAUUCGAGGGUGCGACAAAACGGAAUAAACCAAACUUCAAGAUUAACUCAUUGAUCUACGCUCGUGUUUCGUUAGCACAUAAAGACAUGGAACCUGAACUCGAAUGUUUCGAUGCUCAAACUCGCAAGUCUGAAGGUUUCGGUGAGCUCAAAGGUGGCUUCCUCGUUCGAUGUAGUCUCGGGAUGUGUCGCUCGUUGCUAGAUCCGAAAUACUUCCUUCUUCCUUUGCUCGGCUCGAUGUUUCCACUCGAGACAGCAGUGGGUAUGAACGGACGUGUGUGGAUAAAUACCAAGUCACCAAAACAUACUGUUGCUGUUGCCCGGUGUAUCGAAGCUGCAGAUCCCGAUGGGGGAGGCAUGGACGUGGAUGAGAUUAAGAAACUAAUUGGCACGUUUGACCUGUGACGUAUAUUGCAAGCAAUAUUUUUUUUGUCGUUGUCGAGAGCGACACAGUUGAAGGAUGACGGAUAAAGAUGAUGACUACGCUACAAAUGCUUUGCGUGCGUUAUAGAAAGUACAACUUCCCGUGCUUUCUGGGCCUGCUUGUCCUGCACCUGCAGACUGCAUUACUAAGUACUUAGAUGGACACUCACUUCUCAUAUAUCAUACAUACUUAUACAAUCCAUUUUGUU